AUGCCAUCAUCAGACCAUACGGGAGCGCCAGGGACGGAUUGUUUAUCAGUACCUUACGACAAUUUUUCUCAUGGAAGUCAAGUGUCCGAUGAUGGUUCGAAUAAUUCACACGAAGAUGAACAAGGUUCAAUUUUUAAAAGUCGAAAAUCCUAUCCUACACGCACAAGUCGUCCUAAAAUUAACUAUCGUGAUAUUGAACGUGGUAUGUACGGCGAUAUUCGAAAUUCAUUAUGGAAUGGUCCACUAGAACGUGUUACGUCUUCAUCAAGCGAACUUGUGCGACAAAAACCAUUUCAUCAACAUCGUGCGUUAAACGGCAGUGAUAAUUCAAUGGACAUUGAUAAUCUAAUAAAUGAGAGACAUGAACAAGAACUUGAAUCUAAAAAUAACAACAGUGACGAAGAUUUACCUCUUCGACAGCUGCGUAAACGUACGUAUAAUUCUUCACCAAGUGGAAGACAAAAUUCAGAACAAGAUGAUGAAGAAGAAGAACAAUUUCAAGAACAGCAAGAAGACGAUACUAAUAUGAAUCGACGUUUAUGGUGUAUAUGUAAACAAGCAUGGGAUGUUAAUCGUUUUAUGAUCAGAUGUGAUAAUUGUAGUGAUUGGUUCCAUGGUGAUUGUGUGGGAAUUACAAAAAAUCAAGCAAGAGAAUUGGAUAUGAAUGAUGAUCAGUUCAUUUGUCCGAUAUGCAAAGAUCAACAACGUGCACAUGUAAAAAAAAUGGCCGAAGAAUCAAAUAUGAAUGCUAUGAAACGAAAACGAAUAGAAGCACAGGCUGCCCUACGAACAGAAGAACGUAAACGAGUAGGACCGAUUCUUUCUUCUUCGGAUAUAACCGCACGUGCAGAACAAAUAAAACGACAAAAAACAAUUGUUAAACGAGAUAGUUCAACUUUCGAUGACACCAAUGAUAAGAAGAUUCAUUGUAUUCUGCAUGGUUGUGAUAAUUGGAGUAAACUUGGUUGGGUGUAUUGUUCAACACAAUGUAUUCGAAAGCAUAUUAACGAUACACUUCGUGCAAUUCAAAUUGCAAAAGGAUCAGAUAAACUAACACGUGAUGAUAUUAUGUUGUAUGAACAAAAAUCUGAUACUAUCCUAAAUAGCUCAGCUGUUCCUGCACCAGUUGAUAUAUGCGAUUGGAUUACUAGGCAUCCGUCGUUUCAAGUUAUGCGUCCAGAAUUGAAAAAAGCCACGUAUAUCCACAAUAAACUUGGAACACCAAAGAUACAUCCCGCAGCUUUAGCAAAACCGUCAACAUCUACAAGUGUAAACAACAUCAAAUCAAAUGAAACUAUUAGCAAAAAACCACAUCUACUAGUUGACAAACAAGAUUAUAUUAAAAAAGUUCAACCAUUAGCACCGAAACUGGUAACCACAACAUCAAUCUCCACUAAGCCUCUACUACAAAAACCACAUCAACAACAACGUCAGGAUUCAAAAGACAAAUCAACAAUAAAAAAACCUGUAUCAAAAGAGUCUCAAUCAGCAACAAAUAAUAACCAAAUGGAUCCUGCUACUAUUCGCACAAAAGUUCGAAAUUCAUUAAAUGAAUUUCUAUUGCAAAGAUCCCAGAAAGUAAAUUUAACACAAUAUACACCAGAUGAUAUUAAAAAUGUUUGUGUGCAAAUUGAAGAAGAAAUGUAUCGUAUUUUUGGGAACACCGGCGAUAAAUAUAAACAAAAGUUUCGUACAAUAUUGUUCAAUAUCAAAGACAAAAACAAUGAUAUUUUUCGAAAAAUUGUCAGUAAAGAAUUGAAUGCAAAACAAUUAGUACAAAUGAAUGCCGAUGAUAUGGCACGUGAUGAUGUUAAAGAACAACGACGAUUAGAAAUAUUGAAAGAAGCAGAAGCAAUUAAAAAAUAUAAUGCUGAAGCAGCUAUUGAACUAGCGAAACGUUCAAAAAUCAAAGUUACUCGUCAAGGUCUAGUUGAACUAGAAACAGCCGACCAUUCACAGAAAGAUAAUCAGCAAUUACCAUCGGGAGAUUCAGAAAUUCUUGAAAAGAUUUCUCCAAAACCACCCACUAUUACACCUUCUCCAUUGUCAAAUACAAAAGUGUUGCCAAUUAUAAAGAAGCCAAAUAUUUUAACCGCUGUAUCAAAGAAAUCAACAAAUAACGAAAAGUCUUCAACACAAAAACCUGUUUCGAAGAUAAAAUCUGUACCCAGCAAACGUCCAUUGGUUGAAACUACUUCAUCAACCACAUUACCACAACAAACCUCGUCCGCCACUGGAUCUCAUAGCGAAGCAGAUAUUCUGGCCAGACAUCGUUCCCACGUAUUUGAUAAAAAUUGUCAAAUAUGUAAUACUAAUAUGACAGUUGACAAACAUUUAAUUCGACAGGCAAAAUUAGAUCCAACUCCGUACUCUACCACACCACCCGUGGAACCACAAACGAUUCAUGAACAAAUUGAUAUCACGAUACCAAUGCAGGUAGAUCCCAAUAUUUCAAAUGAAACAGUUUUUAAUAAGAAUAAAGAACAGCAAGAAACAGCGACAACCACUACUGCAACUCCAAUAUCUGGAGAUGAAGUUGAACGGGAUGGUGGAUUUUAUCCCAGCACUAUUGAUGGUGACAACGAUUACAUCGAACCAGAGAGUCCAACGGGAGACGAUGCGAAACUGUAUGAUGACGAUGACUGGUCCGAUAUAACACAGCAACAACAACAGCAACAACAACGACCUGCCUAUGUACCAUCAACAACCAUUAGUCGAACAACAGUAAAAGUAGAAGAAUCAUUCGAUGAUCUUUCGUAUCAAUCACAUCAACCAAUUCUUGAUGAUUACAAACCAACAAGUAGUGAAAAUAUAAGACAACCAGAUACAUCUGAAACUCCCAUAUAUUUUCCAACGCCAAUUACUCGCGGUGAUAAUAUCCGCUGGCGUGGUUCGAUAUGCCCUGAUUCACAAAAAAUUUAUUGUCAGUCGAGUCGUUUAUAUGGUGAAGCUGAUUAUUUAUGCACGGACAUUCCUGAUAAAAUUACGAUUUGUGGUCGUUUGAGACCAGAUGAUUUAUAUUCGUAUAUUGAGCAAUCACUUCCUGUUCGCGAUGUAUUAAUUAUGAAUUUGGUAUCAUCAAAUGAUAGUACAAAACAAUUAUUCGAUAAAUAUGUUGAUCUAUUACGUCUAUCAAAUCGGGCUGCUGUAGCAACUAAAAGCAUGCAAAAAUCCAUCAAAGAUAUUUAUGUUAUACCCGUUAAUGAUUUAAACGUAUUUCCAACAGUUAUACGUUCAAUAAUAAUUAAUUCAUCAAAUAAUGGUGCACAAUUGCCAUUUUCAACUGGACCAGAUGGUUGCUAUUUGUUUAUGAUUGUUGUUGCAUCGGGAAAACGAACAUCGACCAUAGCAGCAAAUGAUUCAGUAAAAAAAACUGUCAAAAAUGUAUCACAGCAAGUUGAUCCACAACAGAGAACAACUGCAACGACAGCAACAACAGGAAUUAAAACUCUUACAUACAAACCGGUGAUGUUACAUGAUGAAAAGACAACGACUGCAAGAGAUCCAAGACUUAGAAAUAAGGAUCCAAGACUACCAGAUGAAACGACACAGCAAAAAAACGAUACACCUGUCAAUGCGUCAAAUUCAACAACAAAAGUUUCAUUUUCUCAACCUCAAACCAUACCCGAUAUGAAUAUAGUUAAAAAUGAGCCAACAGUUGUUGAAGAACAACAACAAAAUUCACCGCCUGUACUUAAAACGGAACCGGUACAACCGUCUUCUAACGAUGAUAUUGUUUUACAACAAAUAAUAUCAGAAUCAUUAAAUCGUGUCCGUCAAGCAUUAACACUCGAAGAUCAAACGGCUAUUAUUGUUGAAACCGUUGAACGCUUAAAACCUACACCAUUUUAUUGUAACAAGUAUCUUGAUGAAUUAAAAAAUGCCUUAACUGAUUUACAAAAAACGCGUGCUGAAUUAGCGUCUACUACAAAAUUGGAAACGAAUGACAAAUUGGCAAGUGUAUUACCUGGAGAUAAUCAUCGUACCGAAGAUAUGGAUGUGGAAGAUGAUAUUGAAGAUAAAUCGAGUAGUGCAAUGGAGUACAACGAUGUUGAUUAUCGAUUUUUAACUUCUGCACAAUCGAGAGAUGAAACUCCUUCACCACGGAUCACUGAACCCAAAAAAAUAAUUACUAUACCUGAAAUUGAUCAAGAUCAUCGCCGACAACUACCUACUACAGAUAGUGAUCAACGAAAAAAUAUCGUCGAAGAAAAGAUCACCGAUGAAAAAACAAAAGAUCGAGAUCAUCGACGACGAAGAUCACGUUUUUCAGCAGUAAAUAUAACAACAAAUGAUCCUACGUUACAAAUCACUCGUCGUGAUUCAGAUGAUCGACAACCACUAUCAACAAAAAAACAUAAUUCAAAAUUACCAGUUAGUGUGAAUGACGUUUUUCCUGAUAUCGAUGAGGAUGAUGAGACAAACAACAGCAUAGAGGAAAAAUCACAAUUGUUAUUAGAUGAUGAACAUACAACCACAAAGAUAACUAAUUUAGAUGAGCCUAGUUCAGCUGAGAGUACAGCGUCAACAUUCUCAAACAAAUUUCGACCGGUAGUUGAAGCGGAUCAAAAUGUCACCGACACAAAUACUUUGGACAUCGACGAAUCAUCUCCAACAUCAGACUCUUAUAAACCUAUCCGAUUUUCUAUUUCCAAAACACCGACACGUCAACGUAACUCAAGUAUUUCACAGCAACCGCAAUCAUCAUCACCACCGCUAAACACUGACAAGAAGACAGCCGAAACAGAUGCCACAUCGAAUUUAACAAACACAACGUCAACUGAAGAUCCAUAUGAGACAGCUCCACAAUACAUUGAAGAUUUGAUUCAACAAAUACAACAGUAUGGUUUUGAGGGAUUAUCUUUACAAAAUUUAAACUGGACUAAAAAUUUGUCAUCUUCAUCGAUACGUACAAGUUAUUAUUUGAAUUAUUUAUCCCAAAAUUAUCAUGAUCAGUCUUCACAUUCAUUAACCGAUCAAUCAUCUCACAUAUUUUCAUCAUCUAAUUCCACUAAUAAUUCUACAACAAAAUAUUUUCCACGCCCACAACAAAAUCAUAGUCGAAACACCAUGCCACGUUACAGAGAUUUUGAUCGACCAGAGGCCUCUGAUUGA